AUGGCCGAUUCGCGGACAAGCAGCUCCUCCUUAGACUUUCACCGGGAACAUGGAUCCCACCACACACACCAUUGGAUAUCGUUCCCCGGAAUGCAUUUUGGUCGCUCGAGCAAGGAGACAAACACCUCGGCGCCGGCAACUCUUGAUUGGCAGCUUGAAUCACCCCCUCUCGUUAUGUACGGCGACCCACAAACAAGCAGCGGGGCGCUGCUUUCGGGCCAAUUGUUUCUGGACAUCAAAGAAGAAGGCUUGGAGAUCGAGACGCUCGUCGCAACCCUUAACAUCCGAGUCACCCAGAAGAGGCCGUUUGCGAACCAUUGUGCAGAUUGCGCAAACCAGCGCACAGAGCUGAAGCGGUGGGAGUUGAUUCAACACCCGCUUGUUAUGGCCAAAGGCGAGCAUUCGUUUCCUUUCUCAGUGUUGCUGGAAGGGCACCUUCCAUCCAGCAUGGACAGCCCGCUGGUUUCAAUUUCGUACGAGUUCAAGGCCGAGGCCAUUCCCAGAGUCAAUUCCUGCUCGCUGCCACCCAUCCUGCUUGAAAAGACGCUCGAUGUUCGGCGCAGCCUUCCGACUUCCGAGACACCUCAUCACUCGGUCCGCGUCUUUCCGCCAACCAAUAUCAAAGCCAGCGCACACUACCCCCAUGUAAUUCACCCAAUUGGCAGCUACACACUAUCGCUCCGUCUCGACGGUAUCGCCAAGCUUAAUGCGAAGGUCAACACGGUCGAAUACUGGAAGCUGAAGAAGCUGACCUGGAAGCUCGAAGAGACAACAAAGACGAUCGCACCAGCAUGUGAGCGGCAUAGCCCGAAACUAGGCGAAGCUGCUGAGCAGCAGAGCAAAAAGGGCGUCGUUCGCUCGGAAACCCGAAUCAUUGGGGAGAAGACAUUAUUCUCUGGUUGGAAGAGCAACUACACGAGCGCCACGGACAGUGUUGUCGAACUAGAGCUGGAUUAUAGUCUGGCAAAGAAUGCGAAGUAUGCGUGCGACAGCAAGAGUCGUGACGGGACUGAGGUGACCCACCAACUCAUAGUCGAAAUGGUUGUCUCACAGGAAUGGGCCCCUGUCAACAAGCCGUCUCUCGUGACGCAUACUGGUGUUGGGCGCAUCUUGCGGAUGCACUUUGGCACCAUCCUCACGGAGCGGGCGGGAAUCGGCAUCAGCUGGGACAACGAGGCCCCUCCCAUCUAUCAGGAUGUGCCCCCUAGCCCUCCCGCCUACUCUGAGGAAGCCAACUUGUCGGCCGAGAAUUCAAUUGCCGAUCUGAUUGAGCCCCUAGACGGUGCCCAGGCGCAAGGGGAUAUCUCGCGCAUCUAA